CAUGCGGCCCGCGGUCCUCCCGAGUGUGAACUUGCGGUGGGUUGAGGCCAGUCGGCCUCCUUGUCUGCUUCACCUGGGACCCCUGACUGUGUCUGCGGAAGAAAUCGCGACAGCAGUAGAAUUGCUAGUUUGCUAGUCAGCGUCUUUUAGACCUGCGAACGAGAUGCAUUUCACCUCAAUUUUGUUUCCAAGUUGAAAACCUUUGGGUAUUUCCACGCCAAAGGAUUUAAAAGAAACACAAGAAAAAUUCCUACUGGUUUUUAAUUAAAAUGGAAAAAUAUGAGAACCUAGGAUUGGUUGGAGAAGGGAGCUAUGGAAUGGUGAUGAAAUGUAGGAAUAAAGAUAGUGGAAGAAUUGUGGCCAUUAAGAAGUUCUUAGAAAGUGAUGAUGACAAAAUGGUUUAAAAAAUUGCUAUGUGAGAAAUCAAGUUACUAAAGCAACUGAGGCAUGAAAAUCUCGUGAAUCUGUUGGAAGUGUGUAAGAAAAAAAAGCGAUGGUACCUAGUCUUUGAAUUUGUUGACCAUACAGUUCUUGAUGACUUGGAGCUCUUUCCAAAUGGACUAGACUACCAGCUAGCUCAGAAGUAUUUGUUUCAGAUUAUCAAUGGCAUUGGAUUUUGUCACAGUCACAAUAUCAUACACAGAGAUAUAAAGCCAGAGAAUAUAUUAGUCUCCCAGUCUGGUGUUGUCAAGUUAUGUGAUUUUGGAUUUGCGCGGACACUGGCAGCUCCUGGGGAGGUUUAUACUGAUUAUGUGGCAACCUGAUGGUACAGAGCUCCAGAACUAUUGGUUGGUGAUGUCAAGUAUGGCAAGGCUGUUGAUGUGUGGGCCAUUGGCUGUCUGGUAACUGAAAUGCUCAUGGGGGAACCCCUUUUUCCUGUAGAUUCUGAUAUCGAUCAGCUGUAUCAUAUUAUGGUGUGUUUGGGUAAUCUCAUUCCAAGACAUCAGGAGCUGUUUUAUAAAAAUCCUGUGUUUGCUGGAGUAAGGUUGCCCGAAAUCAAAGAAAUGGUUCCUCUUGAAAGACGCUAUCCCAGGCUCCCUGAAGUUGUGAUAGAUUUAGCAAAGAAAUGCUUACAUACUGACCCAGACAAAAGGCCCUUCUGUGCUGAGGUCCUGGCACCAUGAUUUCUUUCAUAUGGAUGGAUUUGCUGAGAGGUUUUCUCAGGAACUGCAGUUAAAAGUACAGAAAGAUGCCAGAAACAUUUAUCUAAAACACCCCAAAACAGAAAGAAGGAAAAGGAAAAAGAUGAUUCCUUGGGUGAAGAGAGAAAAACACUUGUGGUACAGGAUACAAAUGCUGAUCCCAAAAUUAAGGAUUCUAAAGCAUUUAAAAUAAAAGGAUCAAAAAUGGAUGGAGAAAAAGUUGAAAAAGUCAGUCGAGCUUCAAAUGCCAGCUGUCUCAAUGACAAUGGGAUGAGCCACAUCAAAACAGUGCCUUCAACAAGCCUCCGAGAUUGCAGCAAUGGCAGCAUGGGCCACACAAGAAAUCCAGGCACGGCAAUUCCUCCACUUACGUACAACCUUUCUGCAGUGGCUCCGACUAUUAAUUCUGGAAUGGGAACUAUCUCCAGAGUUCAGAGUUACAAAGUGGAUGA